GGCUGAGAUCAUGGCUGGCUUGGUGCCCCAGCCUCUGCUGAGCACCAACCAGAUGGGCCAUGGGUGAAGUGCCAGGCAAUGCCCGGUGGGGCCCAUCGCUGCCUGUCUCACGUGUGGGGCCUGCCUGUCAGUGACUUGUCACCUCGUGCCUUCCAGGUCUGCCUCCUGCUGCCCUGAUGCCUGGGCACAGGCAGGGCGACAGCAAGUGACUCCCCAGAGGCAACUUCAGCCCUUAGUUUCUCCCCCCGGUGCUGGGCGCACCCUCAGACUGAGCCUGGGGCCCACGCUGAUGGCGAGCUGAGCUUCAAGGGUGUCGUCUCCUUGAGGUCCAGACUGCUGCAACUUGGCAGAGGGUGGUGGAUGAUCUGAGCGGCUAGGCUGUAGUGUCUGAACCUGGGCACCGCCAACUCCCCGGCAUCAUGCUGUCCCCGAAGAAAGGCCUGCUGUGCAACCUCAACCACAUCCACCUGCAGCAUGUCUCCCUGGGGCUGCACCUUUCCCGGCACCCAGAGCUCCGGGAAGGCUCUGUCACCAUGGCACCACGUGAGCAGACAGGCUGCAGCGACUGCCAGGAGAACCAUGGUGCCCUGGAGCAAGUUGAGCAAGUUGAUGCCAACUCCAACAACCCCUCGCUGCAGUGCCGGUGCUGCGAGUCCCACGUGCUGCAGCCACUGAAGUCAGGUCUCCAGAACCAGCCUGCCCUGGGGGAUUUCCUCUCCCUGCCCAGGGAGGAGAACUUGGCUUCCCCCUCUGAUGCUGCCUCCUCCUCCUCUGUCAGCAGCUGCUCAGAUUUCAGCUUGGAUGACACCCCCGUCUCUGUUUACUGCAAGGAGUUCCCCAGUGAUGAGACCCAGUCCCCAGACCUGCAGCCGAACAUCAUCCCCAUUGAAGAUGCCCGUGAUGCCGCACCACCAACCGAGCAGGGCACCAUCAUGCCGGAAGGAAGAGAUUCACGCCUCAGCCCACCGGAGUGGGAGUGCCUGGAGGCUCUGGCCCAGGGCAGCCCGGACAGCCUCUGCAGCAGCAGCUCCCUCAACUCCCUGUCAGACACGACCUCUGCCAGCGUGGACAUGCCAGAGACCCCGGGGGAGCGCCCCCUCCCAGCCGUUGGCGGUGAGCUGGAUUCCAACUGCAAUGCCCUUCCUGCCAUGGGCAGCUCCCCUCCGGGCACCUGUGCACUAGCACCUGGGCAGCUGGACCUCAACCUGAACAGAGCCCCACAGCCUACACCUGGGCCAGCUAGCGGCCCACCCCCCGUGCCCCCGCGGCCUAAGAGAGGGCUGCAGAUACUGCUGAGCAAGAUGGCCAUGGAGAAGCCUGCCCCAGCAGAGGCACCUGCUGAGCCCAUGGGCAGCCUGGGAGAGCCACCCCGAGACCCCGCCAGAAAGAACAUCACCUCCUUUCACGAGCUGGCUCAGAAACGGAAGAGAAACGUGGCUGGACCCCCCCUCGCACAGGCCAAGAAGGACCGGAGCGACUGGCUCAUUGUUUUCUCUCCUGACACAGAGCUGCCACCACCCAGCGAGCUAAUUGCCUGUAGUGCCCAGGGCCAGGAGCUGCCCAGGCCCCAGCCCCAGCCUGGCAAACAGGCAAACCCCCCCAGUUCCAGCCAGAGGGAGGUGACCACGUUCAAGGAGCUCCGCUAUCGCAAUGCCAUCAACAAGCAGAGAGGCCAGCUGGCGUGGGGGGAAGGAGCAGCGCUGCAGGAGCUCCCCGAGCCCCAGCAGGCAGCCGUGGGCAGAGCCCUCCCCAGCGGUGAGGGGCUGCAGGGCCCCACCUGGGCACCAGCUCUGCCACUGGGCAGCCACUCCGUGGCACCUGCGGAAAGCUACCCGCCGCAGAGGAAGAAGUCGCGGCCUGGGCUGCAGCCCAUCGCAGAGGGACUGCCCGGCGAUGCUGAGGACAGGGGGCUGCCCGCAGGAGGCUGUGCCCCCAGGAGGAAGCAGUUUUGGUCUGACUGUGAGGAGGAGGCUGCGGGGUGGAGGCCCCGAGGGCCUGAUGGAAACCCCCAGGAGCUGGGAAGAGCCGAGAGAGGAGACAGGACCUGCAAAGAGGGCCUCAGACGCUGCCGUUCCAGCCUCUGCUCUUCCAUUUCUCAGCCGACGGGAAGUCUCUCUACUGCAGCUCGGACCCGGCGGUGCCUCCCCUGCCCUUUCUCCCCUCCCUUAACUCCAGCUUGGAGAGUGUUGACGCCGCUCUCUGCCCCUCCAGCCCUGCUGGUCGCUGUCAGCGCCUCCGUGGACAAGAUCAUCGCCCACUUCAGCGCCGCCAGGAACCUGGUGCAGAAGGCCCAGCUGGGGGACAGCCAGCUCAGCCCGGACGUGGGCUACCUGCUGCUGCGCACCUUGUGCCCGGCGCUGUACGCGCUGGUGGGGGACGGGCUGAAGCCCUUCCAGAAGGACAUCAUCACAGGCCAGAGGAGGAGUUCCCCUUGGAGCGUGGUAGAGGCCUCGGUGAAGCCAGGCCCCGGCACCCGGUCGCUGCAGGCCCUGUACUGGCGCAUCUCGCGGCUGGCUCCUCUCAGCAGCAGCAGGCAGCGGUUCCACGCCUUUGUCCUUGGCCUCCUGAACCUGAAGCAGUUGGAGCUGUGGAUCUCCCAGUUGCAGAAGAGCCCAGGUGUCAUCUCCGUCCUCUACUUGCCCUCGGCCUUCCUCGCCCUGAGCCAGGGGCCCCUCCCACACUUGGCCGAUGAGCUGCUGCUCCUCAUCCAGCCCCUCUCCGUGCUCACCUUCCACCUCGACUUGCUGUUUGAGCACCACCAUCUCUCUGUGGACAUAAGGCCCCUGCCAGACCCUGCCCCUGGCCCGACCCUGGCGCUGCAGCAGACCUUCCAGCACGUGCUGCAGUGGGGUGGCCGGCUCAGCCAUGUGCUCACAGGAGCCGACGGCCCCUCCCAAAGCCCUGAGCAUGACCAGGGCCCUCGGGGCACCAGGGCAGGGCUGGGUGGCUGGUGGGGGCAGCUGAGCCAGGCCUCAGCGGUCUACACAGCUUCUGGCAAGGAGGACUUCCCCUUCACCCACUGGACAGCGCUGCGAACGGCCCCAGGGGAUCCCAGCCCGUCUAACGCAUCCUGCCGGGCACCAGCCAAGGGGCCCAGCAGCACGGAGCUGCAGCCUCUUGAGGCCAGGACUGGCACCAACACUACGAGCCCAGACUCUACCAGCGGUGCAAGGGGCUUGGGGCUGCCCGUGCAGGCCACAGCCAGGGAGUCCACGGGCCCCGGGGACCCCACGCUGCCACCGCCUGCUGCUGGAGACAGAAGCCAGCCUGUGUUGGAGGAGCCUGGCUGGGGGAAGGGUGCCUGGCUGGGCCGCCUCUUUGGAGCCACCUGUCCAUCUGCCCGAGGCCUUCCCAUGGAGCCCGACACCAGUUCAGCCAGACCCAGACUUCGCCUGCCAGCUCUCAACUCUGCCACAGAUGGAGCCGUGGGCAAGAGCCCCUGGGUCAGCUCGAUACCCACUGCACUCGCAUGCCCGGUGCCAGCUGUGCUCAGAGCCAGUGCCCGUCCCAUGCAGUGCGCCCCAGCUCCAGGCCCGGCUGCUCGGGGCAACAGCAGAGUUCAGACGCUGCCUUGGAGGGUGGCAGGCUCAGCUCUUUCUGCUGGCAUCUGCCUGGGGCUUCUCAGCCCCCAUGGGGCCCUGGCCCCUGACGCCCUCCUCCCGGGUCCGGGGGGGCAGCGGGGGUGCCGGCCCGGCUGGCGACUCCCUCUGCUCUCCUGCAGGAGACCCUCCAGCUGGCUGCGCCCCCGCGUGAGCGUGCUCUCCUUGGUGAGGAAGGGGACGGCCCCUGAGCAGCCCUGGCCUCCAGAGCAGCAGAAGGAAGGGCCUGACUCACCUCAGCCCCACAGGGCAGUGCGGGCGCUGUGCGACCAUGCAGGCGCCGGGCACGGCUACCUCAGCUUCCGCAAGGGCGACGUCCUGCAGCUCAUGGCCACCGUGGAUGAGGACUGGAUCCGCUGCUGCCACAAAAAUGACACAGGCCUCGUUCCUGUCAGCUACACUUCCCUGAUCGUGUGAGGGGGUAUGGCAGGGAGCUCCUAGCUCUGCCCCUGCCCCAGCUCUGCAGGCAGCUGUGGGGGCACCCCAGGCCAGGGGCUGGCAGGGGCUGCAUGGCACUGUCCCUCACGGGCACAGCCUGGCAGUGCCCUCCCUGCUGGUGCCCGGCUGCCCCGCCAUGCCUGCGUCAUCCUGGCUGUGCUCAUGGGCUCCUGAGGCCCCACGGCCGUCACCCUCAUGCUGCCCCCAUGCUGCUGCUUGUGUCCUGCUGCCUGCCACCUUGCAUGCCGUGGGCGGCCCUUCCCUCCAUGGCCACGCCAGAGCUGGGCUCCCACUGUCCCCUGGAGACAGCUGUGCCCACAGAGCCCAACGUGCAGCCUUGGGUGCGGGUGGAAAUAAAGAUGUGUGUGCAA